CUAAUUCGUUGCUGUAACCAAAAAGGGGAUUCGCGAUUCGCCAUGAAUUUUUCCAGUCCAUGCUUUUUUUACUGAGGGAUAAACAUCGUUCCUUAUUGUUGAUCUUUCAAUUCACCGAAUGAAUUAAUUCAAUAAAAAUGUCCACUCCAUCAGUUCAUGUGGAGCGAGAUUUGGAUCUCAGUAAUGCAGGACGUGGAGUAUGGCUCGUUAAAGUACCUAAAUAUAUUGCUAAUAAAUGGGAGAAGGCACCUGGAAAUAUUGAGGUUGGAAAGCUCAAAAUAACAAAAAAUCCUGGACACAAGGCAGAAGUGUCUCUGAAAUUAUCGGAAGCUGUUCUAGCACUCAAGGAACCGGAUGAAGAAGAAAUCCCGAAGCAACACAGACUCGAUGUUUCCACUGUUAGCCAUCAAACACUUGGAGUUUUUUCUCAUAUAGCUGGGUCCAGUAAUUCGGACGCUGUUGUGCCUGAAUCUGAGAAACUCUACAUGGAGGGAAGAAUAGUUCAAAAAUUAGAAUGUCGUCCAAAUGCCGAUAAUUGUUAUAUGAACCUGAAGAAAGAGAGUAUAAAACGUGCCUCAGUCCCUGUGAGACAAAUUCAACAACUGGACAGAGUUGUCCAGAACUUCAAACCAGUCUCUGAUCACAAACACAAUAUCGAAUAUGCGGAGAAAAAGAAGGCCGAGGGCAAGAAGAUGAGGGACGACAAAGACGCAGUGAUGGACAUGCUCUUCGCUGCAUUUGAAAAACAUCAGUACUACAAUAUCAAAGACUUAGUGAAAAUUACAAGGCAGCCCAUUGUGUACCUGAAGGAAAUCCUCAACGAGGUAUGUAAUUACAACCUGAAGAAUCCUCACAGGAAUACGUGGGAGUUGAAGCCAGAAUAUCGUCAUUACAAAGUUGAUAAGCCCCCCGAGGCACCGAAGGAGGCAUCAGACGACUCCAGCUAGUAUUCCAUCUUCCUCACCAUCUCUUCGGAUUUUUCUCAUGGGAAAAUGGAAGCUCGUGAUGUUAAUAGAAUUUUUUUACUUUACUUAGCUGAUUAAUUAAAAAUUGGAUAAACGUAUUUUUUAUGGA